AUGGACAAAAAUCAUAACGCCAAAUAGAAGUACAGACAAGUAAGAUAGAAACAGCCCGGACAGCGGGUAAUGAGAGUACUGUGUUAGUCUUUUAUACUUUAUAUCGGGUUUUUGUGUUGCGAUAUUGACGUUUCGGAAACAAGUAACAGAAGAGAUAGUGACGCUUUUCUUCAGAAAGAUGUUAUCGACAGUUAGUACAGCUUUCCCAAACUAAGCGUAACGUUAUGGACUGUACACUAAGUUAGCUAACUGGCUAGCCGAAUGCUGCUAGCUAGAUGCUGCUGUGUAUCAGAGGAAGCCAGCGAUGACUUACAGCGAUUUCUAUGGAUAAACAUCUAUUAAUGUGGGAUUUUAGACAGCUGCCAAACCACAGGUUCGUCUCUGAAAAGCUUCAAUCAUCCUAUCGACUGUCAUGGACAACGUGAAACCACGCAGCAAUGAUGAGGAUGAAGAGCUACACUCCACAGACCCAGAGAGCAAAGAGAAGAGCAAAGAUAAAAAGACCCUGUGUAAAGUAAAGUGGUCCCGAGAUGAGGAUGAAAAGCUGAAAAAACUAGUAGAGCAGCAUGGAACUGACUCCUGGAAACUAAUCGCUAACUUUUUUCCAGGGAGGACAGAUGGCCAAUGUCAGCACCGCUGGCAGAAGGUGCUCAACCCAGAACUGGUGAAAGGACCCUGGACAAAAGAGGAGGAUCAAAAGGUUAUUGACCUGGUGCACAAGUACGGCCCCAAGCGUUGGUCUGUGAUCGCCAAGCACCUCCAGGGAAGGAUUGGAAAGCAGUGCCGCGAACGGUGGCACAACCACCUUAACCCAGAGGUGAAGAAGUCUUCAUGGACUCAGGAAGAGGACCGAAUCAUCUAUGAGGCCCACAAGCGCCUUGGCAACCGCUGGGCAGAGAUCUCCAAGCUUCUUCCUGGACGGACGGACAACUCCAUCAAGAACCAUUGGAACUCUACCAUGAGGAGGAAGGUGGAGCAUGAGGGGUACCUGCAAGAUGGCUGCAAGAGUUUCACUUCCUCUCAUGCUGGAGCGAAGAGACGCCAACACAGACCAUGUCCUCAAACUCCAACAGAGUCCCAACACUGUGACCACAGUCCCCUGCCUAUACCGGGACCCAACCAGAUGGGGGGAUAUCCUUAUGAUCCUCACAGUGGACACCUGAUGGACGGUCUUCCUGAUAAUUCAGGCUUCAUGUUGCCAUCCUGCCUGGAUGAUCCUGACAGAGAGCAAAGAAUUAAGGAGCUUGAGCUGCUGCUUAUGUCAGCAGAGAAUGAAGUCCAGCGACAAGUGCAGUGCAGAGGUCAACGUAGUGCAGAGCAGUACUCAUCCUGGUCCGACAGUGUGUCAGAUGACACAAUGACUAGAAGUAACAGCAGCCUCGAGGAGCAGGCGGAGAGAAGGCCCUGGAGGAGCCCUGAGAUCCCCCAAGGACCUCCACCACAGCUUCCUGUCUCGCCCAGCAAGUUCCUGGCCGUAGAGGCCAGCACCGUGCUCUCGACCCUGCAGACCAUACCGGAGUUUGCAGAAACUAUGGAGCUCAUUGACUCAAUGUGUUUUGCUCUGCAGGACCCUGUGACGUGGAGUGACGUGGCCAGUUUCGACUUGUCAGAGUCAGCGACACCACCCAGGCACAACCAGGCAGGGUACACCACUCUCCUGCAAGAGCGGACGAUUGACAGUUCAAUGGGCUACACAGUCAACACUCCGAACGCCAUUUCUGGUCGUGAUAAGAGCUGUGCUCCAUUUAGUCUGAGCGGCGUCACCUCCCUGACUCCUAUCAACUCAUCCAAACCCACCCAGUCAUCCAUUGGGAGGAGGAGGAGAAGAGAGAGGGGGGAACCGUCUCCUUCAUGUGACAGGACCUGCUCUUCUUUCUUGGAGAAUAUCUCAAAUUCUCCCAAGAAAACGCCAACAAAGUCACUGCCAUUCUCACCGUCACGAUUCUGCAACACAUCAGGUUCGGAGCAUCUGAAUUUGGAAAAUCCCGCCCUCACCUCAACCCCUGUGUGUGGCCAGAGAUGUCUCCUCAACACGCCGCUCCACAAAGAAACCACACCUAAGCACCAGAAAGAGAAUGAUGGGUUACAGACCCCCAAAAUCCGUAAAACUGUCAUGAUUCCAACCCCGCGGACGCCGACUCCCUUCAAGAACGCUUUGGCUGCCCAGGAGAAAAUGCAUGGGCCACUGAAGAUGGAGCCACAGCCAUUGGCAUUUCUGGAAGAGGACAUUCGAGAAGUUCUGAAGCAGGAGACUGGAGCUGACAUCUUCAACAGAGCAAACAUCCAACCAGACUACAGAGCGUGGAAACAUAAUAUUGAUGGCCCAGCGAGAAAGGUGCGCAAGUCUCUUGUGCUGGACCCCUGGGGAAAAGACUGCCUAAAUGUCCAACUCUUUCAAGAGCAGCUCAACAAUGCACAAGUGCCAGAUGAAAGUUUACUGUCAGGCUCUUCAUUGGUCACCUCAAUCUCUGAGCAAGAAGAGUGUAGCCGUUCUUUGACUUCUGGGCGAGAGGAGACCUCACUAGUCCCUGUUCAUCCUCAUCGCUUUACCAGCCCUCGGAUGAAGAAGCUUCUCUCCUCCCACAAAGCACCAAAACACGCUGUUGUACAGGUGAGUGAUUGGGAAGCAGUGGUUUAUGGGAAGACAGAGGACCAGCUGAUCAUGACAGAACAGGCCCGUCAGUACCUGACCCCCUACACAUCUUCUGGCUCUACCUCAAGAGCCCUUGUUCUUUAAAGACGUCCCCUUGCUGCGCAGGCAACACUACUACACCCCGUCCAACAACUAAAACCUCCACUGAACCUAGUAAGAGACAAUCCAGUGAAGACAAAUAAUUUUAGUUUUUCUUUUGAAGCAGAAAUGCACUGCCACGGACGACCACAAAAAGGCAUGGCUGCUGGUUUUUAAACACAUUUCAAGGUCACUGCCCAAGUAGUUUCUUGUUUGUUUGUGUUUUCCUUUGAAUACACACAACCUGGCAACGUAAGCAGUUUUGUACAGAUAUGAUAAGGCUAGAAUGUUUUUCCUGCACUAGUCAGUAAUGUUGAAAACAACCUACACGUACAGUAGGCUAUAGACAUAGAGUGUUUAUUAAUAGCAGUGGCUGCUUCUGAGUUUUAUAUUGUUAAUAUAUUGUUUAAAUGACAAGACAGACGUUUUAUAAUGUAACGCUACUCAUUGUGUAUCUCCUCCAGCUUGUUUUGCUAAACUGCCCCGUCGCUGGUGUCAGAUAAAAAACCACGUACAUGCAAAAAUUCGCAGCUUUGUAUUGACACCAUUGUAUUUUUAAAAUCACACCAUGGGUUUUUAACUCUCUGAGACCCACCAUAGACCCUUUUUUGUCUUGUUUAGAGGAGACAGGUGAGUUUUAGGGGGAGUUUGCAGGUCAGUAGUGAAUGCUACAUAGAAGUAGUACACAUUGGGGCGUCGGUGGCUUAGUGGUAGAGCAGGCGCCCCAUGUGCAAGGCUGUUGCCGCAGCGGCCCAGGUUCGACUCCAGCCUGUGGCCCUUUGCUGCAUGUCCCUCCCUCCCUCUCUCUCUCCCCCUUCACGCUAAUCUGUCCUAUCGAUUAAAGGCUUAAAAAUGCCCCAAAAAAUAUCUUUAAAAAAAGAAGUAGUACACAUCAUCUGAAAGCAGAGAUCCUGAAGAUUAUUUGAGAUGCAGCUUAGCACUGUGUGUCCAGUUUUACUAGUAAUAAAUCUGUUAUGAACUUGUGUUUGGUUAGGCGCCUAUUCCAAAUUUAAAAGAUUAGAUUGUAUAAGGGCUUAAAACAUUAUAAUGGAAGUAUAUGAUGUCUACUCCCAUCAUCGAUUACGUCUUCAAAACUUACCCAAUUUAUGCAAUUCCGAGAAUGAAGGGACCCAUUAUGCAGAAUUUUCAAACACUAUCAGCGGAUAUUACACAUUUAUUUAUUCAUUCAGUUUCCAUAACAGCUUAUCCUCUUGAGGGUCGCGGGGGGCUGGAGCCUAUCGCAGCUGAGACUAUGUGAGAGGUGGGGUACACCCUGGACAGGUCACCAGACUAUCACAGGGCUGACACAUAGAGACAGACAACCAUUCACACUUAUGGGUAAUUUAGAGUCACCAAUUAACCUGCAUGUCUUUGGACUGCGGGAGGAAGCCGGAGCACCCAGAGAUAACCCACACUGACACAGGGAGAACAUGCAAACUCCGCCUAGAGGGGCUCCCACACCCUAGAGUUCGAACCCCCCACCCUGUGUCCGAACCAGGAACCCCCCCUGGCCCGCAUAAAGUGGGCGUGUCUUUACAUGGGAGACUUGUCGGUGUCCAUAGAACCCAUUGUCGUCCUUGCCAAAAUUUAGCCUAACAUUGGAGUGUUAUUUUUAGCCUCCUUCCUGACAAGUUACCACGACAUGGUUGGUACCACUACAGCCUCUAAAGACAGGGAGUGCCAACAUGGGUCUCAGAGGGUUACCUAGACACACACAGUCCAGAAUAACCAUUGCUUUGACAUUACAGAAACAGAAGUGCGGUUACGUGGUUUUUUAUGACGGCAGCGUUACAUUGCUGAAUGCCUAUCCAUGGUGAUGUGAACUUUUUUUGAGGAUGUUAGUAAGAAACUGUCAGUAUUGCACUACUGAGUUGAUUUCACUGCUGAGAAAGGAGCAGUGUGUUUAAGGGCAAACUGGAUAGCACUUGUGAUGGUAUCUUUGUUUAACAACUUGUUUCCUUUCCAAGGCCAUAGUGUCCGUUGAGACAUCGGUUGAAUGUAUUUCAUUGCAAUGUACAUGUGUAAGAACCUCAGUAAUGGAAGGGUACCUUAAUGUUUAUUUCUGUUUGUUUUAUUUAUUAUCUGACAGCUCUAAAGCUUAGAUAUUAAUAUAAAUCGGACACCGUGAGUUUUUUUUUUUUUUCUUUCUUUUUUUUUUAAGAAGUUUAACUUUGCUGACAAAACAGCCUAAAAACCCUCACCUGCUCUAAAACAGUUCUCUUUGUAACAGAAAAUGAAUGGUCACCAUUGCUUUGAUACUGAGCAGUUUUCAUAUCAUCAGUGUUCUACAACAAGCAUUUGGCCGAGAAGGAUUUACUUUUUAUUGUGAAGGCUGUAGGUUUUAUUUAUUUAAUGUCUACUAAUUUAUUUAUUUCUAAAAAAAAAAAAAAAAAAAGAAAGACAUUUAAGAGAAAUUAUUGAAGAAUUUUAUUGUCUUUUCUCUUUCAAAAUCAGGAUUGGGCUACAGUUUCAUUACUCCAAGUUAGAAGAACGUGCACUGCCACUAAUUUUAAUUUCUCUUCCUGAUCAGGCAAGAUCUAGCAAAUAAUCAUCAUGUAGUCGUAUCUGUGAUCUUAUAACAUAUAGAUAGGACAUUUUCUUUCUUUGAUUCAAAUGUGUUCUCCGCUCUUAGGUAGCAGGACUCCAUCUCCGACCUCUAAUCAUAGACAAAUUGCACUUUUUACUCAUCAUUUAAUUUUAAAUGUUUGUUCAUUCUAAUGAUGUAGCUCUUGUCCUUAUUUUUGUUUUAUGGUGUGUGUUUGCGUGUUAGAUGGUUGUCUCCCCAUUUUGUAACGAAUGCUGACAUUAUGAUCCUGCUGCUUGAUUUUAACAUGUUCUCUUCUCCUGUUCUGCUGCAGAAAUGCGUGUUUAAACACACUACAUCGAAGCCUUACCUUAACAUUUUUAUAGACAGAUGGCUUUGAGCGACAACACAGCUAACACAGACCGUCCUAUAACUCAGAUAUCCUGCUGAAACGACCUCGAGCAAGACCCUAAACCUUUACCUGCUCGCUCAUUAUUUGACACUGCGUAAGAACAAAAUGUAAAUAUGCACGGAUUUGGGUGUGACUCUGAAGAAAUGUACUGCACUGUGCUUCCAGCUGAUUCAUGUCAUUUUUAACCCUUCUGAAACGUAAUCUGUCGAAGGGACACUACAGCUAUAAAUGGUCUUCUUUGUAUUAUCGGCAUUAGUGGGUCCAGUAUUAGUUAUAAUCUGGAUUAUCCUGCAUUAAGCAUUUGAGUGAGAAUAAGAAGGGAAUCUUGUCAGGGAGAUCAAGUGGAAAGAUCAGGAGCGCGCAACUCUAAAACAGAAAGUAGACAAACAUCCACGUGAGACGUUUGAAUCUGGUGGCUGCGAUGUGUCUGAUCUGUAUAUAAUUGUGUCGUUUGUUCUGUUUGUUGGUUUGACUUGUGUUUGUACAUUCCAUUUGUUAACAUGUUUGUACGUUAACAACAUUUGGCCAUGUAACAUCAUAGGUUUUGAGGGAAUUAAGUACAUAUAUACAGGAUAGUAGCAGCUGUUAUAUACUACUGUAGUUAUGCAUGAGCAAUACACAAGAUGCUGGACUUUGCUUUAACUGACGAGGUGAAUCACAGGUGUAACACUCGCUCUGUGGUGGGUUUUUUUUUUUUUUUUUGUAGCAUUUUCAGUUGAAAUCAUAACCAAGGUACCAUAGAAAUCCUGCCAACUGUCUUUGUAACCAUGUACUUAAUUUG